AUGGGGGUGAAGCUGGAGGUGUUUCGGAUGACGCUCUACCUCACCUUCCCUGUGGCCAUGUUCUGGGUCGCCAACCAGGCCGAGUGGUUCGAGGACUAUGUUGUACAGCGCAAGAGGGAGCUGUGGCCACCUGAGAGAGAGGGCCAGCUGGAAGAAUUCAAAGAGCGGUUACGGAAGCGGCGGGAGGAGAAGCUCCUCGGGGCUGCCCAGCAGAGCUCCUGA